AUGGACGUUUUCGCCCCAAAAGACGACCAAUGCGACCGGCUGAAGACGCCCUCGUAUCUUGAGCUCGUCGUUUCUAUUGUCCUCUUACUCGGCAUUCUCGUGUCCUACCUCCCUCAGCAUUAUCGCAUUAUCUCCCGAGGCACCUCCGAAGGCAUCUCACCUUACUUUGUAUUGCUUGGAACCACUUCCGCUACUGCCGGUUUCGCCAAUAUCCUUACUGUCCCACCGUCUCGUGCUGCCAUAGGAUGCUGCAAAGAGCUCGGUAGAUUUGAGUGCGCCGCCGGUCUGCUCGGCGUUGCCCAGCUAGGCGCUCAAUGGCUUUGCUUCAGCCUCAUUCUUGUCCUUUUCCUCAUCUUCUUCAGAUACAGAGAAGCCAAUGUCCCACCAGAGGAUCUUCGUGGCAAUGCACCUAGAUGGCAGACCGCUGUCAUGGUCGGACUACUCUGUGUCCUCCACGGCCUCAUUGUGGUUAUCCUGACGGGUGUCUUUUUCAUUGCUCUGCCCGAUCAUCUGGUUUUUUGGGCCAACUUCCUGGGAAUCAUGGCCACAGUUCUGGCCGCUAUCCAAUACGUGCCUCAGAUCUGGAUGACAUACCAUUUGAAACAUGUCGGCAGUCUGAGCAUCCCCAUGAUGUGUAUCCAGACGCCCGGUGGCUUCUUGUUCGCAGGAAGCCUUUUUGCCCGUCUGGGUUGGGAAGGAUGGAGCACAUGGUUCAUUUACUUGAUCACUGCAUCUAUGCAGGGAUCAGUCCUCUUCAUGGGUGUUUAUUACGAGUACAUGGCGCGGCAGCAUGGCGGUCAUGCCAACGGCCACCUCGACAGCGCACCACACUCACCUGUGCAGUACUCGAGCGCGCCCCGAAGGCCCCCGCCAGGCAGCAGGACCUAUUCUGAGGGCUGGGAGCGUGGUCUUCCAGGACCUUUCACCGGUCACCCGGAGAGAUACGCAGAAACGGAGGAGGACCUGCACGAUAUCCAAGAGAGAGAAGAGCGUGCUAUCGAGCGGGAGAGCCAACCAUUGCUAAAACCUGGCGGUAUUGGCAACCCUCACAGGACAUACGACGCCACCGCUGAACACUGA